UGCCGACUAAUCUCCGUGCUUCACACGGUGGUCCAGUCCACUGUGCGUUCUCCGCCAAACCAAGCGAUUAUCCAGCGUUUGCAUGCCUCGGUACUGGAUAGGGCGGAUCUGCUUCUGUGCCUGUUCACCAAAAAUGACAGCUUAUCUUCACUGGAACUCAGGCGAUUGGGAGAUGUCAUUCGUAUCACCACAGCUGUCUGUUCUGAAGACCAACAGAAUCAGCUGCUACUCUCCUACGAUUACCCUAAAACAGAGGCAAAUGGCUCCAAAGUGAUGAUGAUCUUGUCUUGGUGUUCCAUUCUCUCGGGUCUUCGAUCGAAGGUAGUUCAGUCCGUUGGACACCUACGCUCUAUCGAGUGGUUGUGUACUACAUGUCAGAUGAUCCAAGGCCUAUCGCAAGACGGAAUAACUCAGUCCAUUCUUUCCGUUUUGUGCAUCGCUGCAGCUGAAGCAUUUGCCUCAGUAUUGAACAAAGCUCCUGAACCGCUAGAUACUGCUACUCUAACAGCCGUGGAUACCGUCGCUCGUUGCUUAUCGGACCGUUCCGCAGAUGAUCAUCUUCUUGUUCUUCAACCCUGGUUGGGUCUUUUCAGCUUGCGCGCCUUUAUCGCAAAUCCUGGCUCUACUCGUUGGGUUCAUACACAGUCGCUGGUUACGUUCAUGGUUCCAACAAAUGUGUCAGAAGCCGUUGCGCUGCAAGUGAUUAGUAAUGAUGGUCUUGAGCAUCAUAUUCUCGCGUUGAUCGAAGCCCCGCAACCGGGUUCCGUAUUCUCCGAAGAAUGUCAUUGGCAAAGCACUAGUCUGGUGGCACAGAAAACAUUUUGCCUGAUGGAUGCUUACCUGUCGAUGUGGUUAAAAUUGUGUGCAAGCAUCCCGGAGCAAGCGAUUCUCACUGAAAUGCAAACGGCAAUACGUUUCAGUUCAUACGCUGUGAUAUCUUCUAAUUCGGCAUGUGCACAGAACAACGGACUGAGCCUGCUGUGUGUCUUGGCCGACAUUGCCGGUUCCAAGGCCGGAAAUUUGUGGAAAGCACUGUCUCCUGGCGAUGUGGACGAUCUGUUUGCCGCCUUGCCAAGGGUGGUCGAGAAGAACGAUUCUGGUUACGUGAAUGCCUGUGAGAUUCUGUUGAUCGGUGGAACAUGUGUAUUUGCUUUUCAGUGUCCCCUACAAAAACUGCGAACGAACGCUGAUACCCGGAUUGCUGUUGCUCGGUGUUUACACUGCCUGCACAAAUUGCCCCCGGAAAUAACCACCCGUCAUCAGGAUGUGGAAGUCAUGCCUUUACUGGCUAAGUUGAUUGAUGAUCCAAACCGAGCGGUUCGGUUCGCCGCUGUUCAUACCCAGAACGAAUGGCUAUUGUAA